AUGGCAAAUUAUUUGUGGUUAUUGCUGUACACCCUGCUUGCAGAAAUUGCUCGACGCGUUAUCCUCGCCUUGAUAUUUGCUUACACGGGACCACUUUCUAAAAUCCCAGGGCCAGCGCUAGGUAAACUGACCGCCUUACGCUGGCGACUGCGUGUCGCAUCUGGGGAUUACUUUUACGAUCUUCCAAAGCUGUUUGAACAAUAUGGGGAUACCGUCCGUAUUGCUCCUCAGGUUGUUCUGGUGAAGGGAAAGGAUACUGCGCAGCAGAUGCUUGUUGAGAACGUAAUGAAGAAAUCGCCGAUCUACGAUGGUUUUCGACCCGAUCGCCAUCACUCGGAUGUUUUUACGGAGAGAGAUAAAGAUGUCCACAAGAGUAGACGACGAUUGUUAUCUCAUGGCUUUUCGAUCAGUUACCUCAACAAUCUGGAACCUGCCAUGAUGGAGUGCGUCGACGUGUUCCAACAAUUCCUCGAGCAGAAGUGUGAAGAGGGCAAUGGUUUCGCGGAAGUGGAUAUGUUCAACAACCUAGCCAAUGUCACAGCAGACGUUCUCACAACAACAGUCUUUGGAGAAUCCUGGAACUUGACUAAGACAAACAACACGCACCUGAAAGAGAUCUUCUCCCGACAACUCCAAAAGAUGUUUGUCCACGCGCAGUUUCCAAUCCUGAAGUAUCUACCUUUCGUUCCAAAUCCAGUGGAUCCUGAGAUUCAACGGCGACUCAACGAUAUCCUGGCGAAGAGAAGGAGCUUGGAUAAGAAGGAUGUCAAGAAGGAUCUCCUGCAGAUGUUGAUUGAGACACGGGAGAAGUAUCCUAAUGAAUACCUAGAAGGUCACAUCAAAGCAGACAUGACAUUGUUCAUGGUAGCCGGAACCGACACAUCGAGCGUCACCCUGACAUUCUGCCUCCUCCACCUCCUCAACAACCCCGAAAAACUCAAGAAGCUCGUCGCAGAACUAGACGAGGCUUUCCCAUCCCGAGACGAUCCGAUCACGUUCGAGAAGACCAACAAUCUCCCAUAUCUGAAUGCGGCGUUGAAUGAGAGUAUGCGAGUCAUGCCUGUGGCUGUUGCGUUCGGAAGACUGGCGACAGAGCCAGUGGUGGUAAAUGGCUAUGAGAUCCCACCAGGGACACAAGUAUCAAUCAACCUCGCCGAACUGGGCAAGGACCCCCAAUACUGGCCGGACCCAGAGCUUUACAUACCAGAGCGCUGGCUGGGACCGUAUAAAGGGCAUGAAGCAGAUCGAAAAGCUACCUUGCCUUUCUCUGCUGGGCCAAGGAAUUGUAUCGGGAUGCAAUUUGCUCUGAGGGAAUUGAGAUUGCUCUUGGCGAUGGUGGUGCGGAAGUUCGAACUGAGUCUUGUGCCGAAUCAAUCGCACAAGUUGAAGCUUUUCUUGGUGCCAAUUUUUGUGUCGAAGCAGUAUCUUGUUGGGAUGAAACCUCGUAACUAA